UCUGCCGCGGACUGUCCACGAAACUUUUCAUACUUUCGUGGACAAGCCCUACUUUCAUGGACACCACAUCAAAGUUUUGCUUCUCCUGUGGACUCCGUCAAUACUUUCGUGGACUCCCGGCUUACUUCCAUGGACACACCCAUAUUCGCAGUUAAAAAGGAGUACUCAGCAAUGUACAAGUGAUUACGGGCACAAAAAUCGAGAUACUCCAGAAUAUCUGUCCGUCGCAAGUAAUCGCGAGCUACACGGAGGAACAAAGCUCUUCUCCCAUCCUCCUCUCCGCCCUUUCUCUCCCCUCCCUAGUUCCUGGUUCCUCUACUCUAGACACCCACACCGCCCGACAUGGCGAUUGACUUGAAGGCCGGAGGGCGGAACAAGAAGACCCACCGCACGGCCCCCAAGAGCCGGAAUCCCUACCUGCUGCUCCUCGUCAAGAUCUACCGCUUCCUGGCGCGGCGCACGGGCAGCCCGUUCAACAAGGUGGUGCUGCGCCGCCUCUUCAUGAGCCGCACCAACCGCCCGCCCGUCGCGCUCUCGCGCGUCCUCGAAUACGGCGAGAACAAGGGCGCGGAGGCGGUGGUGACGGUGGUGGGCAAGGUGACGGACGACAAGCGCCUGUACAGCGUGCGCGAGGGCGUCAAGGUGUGCGCGCUCGCCUUCUCCGCCACUGCGCGCGCGCGCAUUGAGAAGGCGGGCGGCGAGUGCCUCUCGUUCGACCAGCUCGCGCUGCAGCGACCCACCGGCAACAACUGCCUGCUGCUCCGCGGCAAGGUCACCAGCCGCGAGGCGUUCAAGCACUUCGGCCCCGCGCCCGGUGUGCCCCACAGCAACACCAGGCCAUAUGUGCGCAGCCAGGGCCGCAAGCGGGAAAUGGCUCGUGGUCGCAGGAACAGCCGCGGCUUCAAGGUGUAAGCAAGGCCUCGAUACAGUGGAGUUGGUUACAGUUGCUCUUAUUGCGCUUGUUGUGGUGGCAAGGACAGAUGGGGCACAGGCGCAGAGGGGGUGUGGCUGCAUGGCUGGGUGUAGGACACAGGCGGGAGCAGGCAGGGAGGCAGUCUGGGCGGGCCUGGAGCGCCAUGUGUUACUGCUGUAGGUAUCUUUUUAAUUCUUGUUUAGCUUGUGAUUGUACUUCUGCUGUAAAGCUGUGCUUCAGCUGUGUCAUGUGCCAAGAAUUCAUGUAACGCAAGAAUAACCAUCCCCCAACUCGGAUACUGUGAGUGAUGCAUGAUAUGAUAGUCAAUG